AUGGUCGUUUUCCUCCUUCUCGUGCCGCUCCUUGCGAGCUACGUUGCUGCCCAGUACAAGGGCGCGUUCGACGGGUCCGCGUCGUUGCUCCGUGCUCGCCAGGCAACAAACACCAGUACCUUCACCAACCCCGUUCUGGAUGCAGUUGGCGCCGACCCAUGGGCAUUCCGCUAUGGAGAUUACUACUACAUGACGUACACCACCUCCACGAACAUCACCCUCCUGCGCAGCCCCAUCUUGACCGACUGGAACGACGCCGAGAGCAAGCUGUUGUUCCAGCCGCCCCAGGGCACCAACUACUCGACCGAUCUUUGGGCCCCUGAAGUGCAUCAGCUGGACGGCAAUUGGUACGUCAUUUUUACCGCCGACCCCAAUUACGACAGUCCGGCCCCAGAGGUCGACAUGCUCUGUGACAUCAACUGCCCGGCCGUCAAUCACAGGAUGUAUGUCUUGGAAGGGCUCGGGGACGAUCCGUGGGAGGCCACCUUUACCUACAAGGCCCAGCUUGAUACCUUCAAUCAGUUUGCAAUCGAUGGCACGUACUUCCAGCACAGCACCGGCCUUUACCACAUUUACUCCUGCUGGUACCGCCAAUACGACGCAUGGCCUGCCAACCUGUGCAUCACCAAGCUCGAGAACCCGUGGACCGUGGCAUCCAACUUCUCGGAGCGCCAGAUCAUCAGCGUGCCCAGCAACCCGUGGGAGAAGACGCCCUACGGCCGGCCUUUCAAUGACCGGCUGAGCACCAACGAGGGCCCGCAGCAGUUGACCAACCCGGUGACCAACAGGACCUUCGUUAUAUACUCGGGCGGCCGCUCCGACAACCGCAACUACUGCCUCGGCCAGCUGGAGCUCGUGGGCGACGAUCCGAUGAACCCGGGGGACUGGCGCAAGAACAACGAGGGCUGUGUCUUCUACCAGGACGCGCUGGCCCAGGCCUAUGGUGUCGGCCACGCCAGCUUCGUCAAGAGCCCGGACGGCUCCGAGGACUGGAUCGUCUACCACGGCAUGCGCAACCCCGUCACCGGCUGGGCCGCGCGCACCAUCCGCGCCCAGAAGUUCGAGUGGAACGAGGACGGCACCCCUGCCUUCCCGCGCCCAGGCUACGGCCCGUAUCCCGUGCCGGCGGGGCAGUCUUGA